GCAAGAGAGAACUCUGCAGUGGGAGAAAGCUCAUUCACUUCAACCACAGCUGAGACAAACCAUGCCCAGUGCACCACAGGCUGGACGAAGAGCUCCCUCCCUUUCAGGCAGUGGCAUAAUGACCUCCACUACUUUUAUAAAAGACACAGGUAUUCUGCGAGUCCUCCCUUUAGGACUAUUUCUGCUAUCCAUGUUAGUAUCAGGAGUAUCAGGAGCAGCCACUACCACCCCACAAAGCUCAACAGCACCCAGUACCAGCCAGCCCUCUUCUACCACCAAUGAAGUUGAUUCUACGACCACGACCAAACCCACCACGCCAACUACCACUUCAUCUUCCAGUUCUUUAACCACAAAGAUGAACACCAGUGACAUGACUGAGAAUGGAACCACUAAGAUAUACUGCCCCUCAUUCAACUGUAACUACUCUGACUGCUAUUCAAUGUACAUCAGUCAGAACACCACUCCGUGUGCUGUCGAUAAUUGUUGUCAGUUGUUAAGGCAAACAGACAUGUGGUAUACUGCCAGCUGCAGCAACUCUUGUGCUGACAGCUGCAAGAAUGCCUCCCAGACCAACUGUGCUGUGAACUGCUGUAAUUUCACUGGCUGUCUCAAUUACACUUUUGCAUCCAUGAUGAGCAUAACAACCAAUGGAACUCAAACCACAAAACCAACAACCACGCAGGCCCCUACUACAACUACUACCAGUCAAACAACAGCAAACAAUGGAAAAAAGUGCCGUGCUGGUACAUGCACCAGCGCAAACUGCUAUACAAGUUUCACCAUGCUACAAAUGUGUUCCUCCUCAGAACCACAUUGUCAGCUGAAAAAUGAGUCUACAGAUACUGCCACAAAAUGGACAGCGGGUUGCACCAACUGCACUGGCUACACUGCUUGCAAGGCUUCAACCAAACCUCCAUGUAAUCUGGAGUGCUGCAAUGCCACAAUGACCUCUUGCCUAUGGUUGAAUGGCACACUAAAUGUUCCCUCUUUUGCCACAAGAGGUCCAUAUCUUCACACAGAACUGAUAGCUUCCUUACUUUGUAUUGUUGCUAUCGCUUUUCUGCUUUGAGAACAUGCUUGCUCAAUUGCUGUGUGCGUUAUUGGGUAAGUAGCGCUUUGUGUAACUCCUAGUUUCUCCAAAGUUACAAAGAAAAUGUAGAAAAGAUAUUAAUAUGAAUAUUUUUAUAUUCAUAUGUAAUUGUAUAGGUAUGGAAAUAUGGAAAACAUUAAUUGCAAUGUUGAUUGUGCUUCUUGUUUAAACUUUCCAGUCCCGUUUAUGUCUGGUUCCAGACCACUGAAAUGGCUUUGAACAGUAUUUCUCUAUGAAAUACUAUUUUCAGGAAUCCAGAAAAACAAGCCAGAAGCAACAUAUCAGUUGAUCAUACAAGUGAUCUUUAUAAGCAACAGAUUGAUAAAGUAAAAUAAACUUUUAAGUUAUUUUAAACCCUUAGUACCUUGUUGUACGUUCGGAAAUGUCGUUAUCUAUUGCCAUUAUUGAUAUAAGAUUAAAUCUCUUCUUCAAGCUUUUGUUGUAGUAAUGCAGAUACAACUACAUGCACUUUAUAAAACACAAAUGUUGUGCUGUAACAGGGAGUUGUCUUUUGAAGGUUUGUUGAAUAAUUCCUGUAGAUGUAACAUUAAUGACACAUGCAAGUCAGUGCACUUAGCUACAUUUUGUGAUUUUGAGGUAUUUACUAUAGGAUUUACAAAGUAUA